AUGGAACGAAAUGAGAGUGACGAAGAAGCCGAGGGACAACAGCCUGAGAUCAGGAUUCGGAUCUGUGGCUACUCGGGGCAGCUUUCUGAUUACCUUGUCGAUGCUGUUCGGUGGGACCAGGUCGACGUAGCACAGGGCCUCAUGGAGAUGAUUCGGGAGGGAAUUGGCUUACAGCAAGAAGCAUUAGCGGAAGUCUUGGUGCACUAUGAGGGUGAGAGUUGUAACGAACAAUCGCUGAGGCGAUGGAGUGACUUGGACCUUCAUGAAGUAGCAUCAAUGGACAGGACACUUUGUAUGCAUGUCGGACCCGCCUUGUCCGAUUCUGACGAGAAAAGCGAUUCGGAUGCCUCACUGUACAUGGUCAACUCAGUGUCUCGGCAAACUGACAAGCAAAAGCGAGCGUCCACGACUGUAGCACCAGCAACCAGCGAAACUGAGGAUGCAUCGAAUCAACCAUUGAGCAGAGACAUACCAAAAUCUGCACAAAAGCACGGCAAGUCUGACAUAUCCGCGCCUCGAAGUAAAAACAUCGUUGAUUCGACCGGAUCUGAUCCUCAUGAUGACUCCUGUAUCAAUUUCACGUUCGAGCGUCAGAAGUGGGUGAAGAACGACGUAUGGCAAGACGCGUCACCCGCAGAGAGAGAUGAGAUCUCAUGGGCAUCAUGCUGUCUCAUGGCCCGGAGGAAUACUCUAUUCAGCGACCUGGAAGAGAUCAUCAAGAGUAUUAUCAAGAAAAAAAUCGACGGAAACGAGCAUCUACGCGCUGCAGGUGAACGGCGCAAAUUGCAAGCACCGUUCUGGGCAACGACACAGUUAAUACAGCGGCCAGGGGUAUGGGUGUCUGUUUCUGAUGGCAAAUUUAAUGUCCGGACGAUCCAAGACCUCCUCGUCCACCCGAACCAUGUACUCAUCUUGCACGUACACGUGGUCUUUGACAUCAAACUUUUCAGACAAUCGUUGAAGGAGGACGUUCAACCCAUUUGGCAGACGCCGUUGCAGCCUCAGCUCGUUCGACUGGGCAAUGUAGUGCAUGCUACCUCGAAGAAGAGGAUGAAAGGCCAGCACGAUGUCGGAGAUCCAGAUAGACCUUACUAUGCUCGGCGUGAGGGAGCGAUCCAGACACCAACCCUACAUAGCAUCCACGCAUUCGACUUUGGGGAUUUUUGUAUUGGAGAUGGUCUGUCCGUUCAGGCCCACUGCGACUUCGACUUUUCCAGACAUGAUCUUCUCGGCCCCUUCGGCAAAGUGGAGAAUAAGGAGCAGCUGUAUUGGGCCAUUGCAGUUUUCCUCAAUCAAGAAUUGCCGCCCCAAAUCGGAUCCGGAGCGCCUUUCAUUCCACCUUACUGCUUCAACCAGAUCGAUAACAGUAACUUUCACGAGACAGACUUCGGUAUCAAGAACGCAUUCCUCGCUUCGGACCAGGAAGUGAAAGUGUAUGUGCGCUGCGUAGGGCACAUCAGAUACGUCAAUGACCUUGGCACUGUCACCGACCUAAUGGCGUUCCCAGAAGGGCUGAAGCUUGAAAUGGCGGCAACCAGUACCACACGAAACGUGCGCAUUUCGAUCGAGUCCAGGCUGAGACAGUUCAAGCCCCCCGGCACAGUUCCCCUCCUGAAUGAGACAAGCAGCCGCAGCAGGGCGAUUUAUUCUUCAGCUGCACUCUACCAUAAGCCACUCGCAGGCACAUGGGUAGCAGAGUUGUGGAUCUGUCCCCAAAUGUUCGACGUCCCAAACGACGCCCGAAGGAUGUAUAGGUUUUCUGAAGCAGAAGGGCAACAAGAGUCAAUUGCACUCUCCAGAUUCUUGCACAAAAAAUCCUGGGAGAAAGGAGACCGCCGGUUAUAUGUUGAGAUACACAUCCUGCCAAAGUAUUCAUCCAAUUGGUCCAUUACUGGGAGCAUUGUUUACCAGGCGCCUGAGCUCCGGGAUCGGGCUGGCACGCUGGAUAACAAAGCUGGUGUCAGCGGAAACGGCCCAAACUAUGACGAUGAGAACAACCAGGAGGGGGACGAAGAAAAGGAAGAGGAGACAGAAGAUGAGGACGAAGACGAAAAUGUGCUUGCGGAGAAUGAGGACGAGGAAGAAGGCCAAGUUGAAGACUAG